AUCAGAGACACUGGAGUCUUUGUGUCUAAAGAUCCAAACACCAGGAUUCCAGCUAUGGUGACACAGCAGAGCAGAGAGGCUAAUGGGGUUUCAGGCAUUUCUGAUCAUUCCCUGGCGCAAAAGACAUUGUGUCCCGACUCCAAGACUUACCUCGGAGAGCAUUAUAACACACACUCUCUCUUCGGCUGGUCACAGACAGCACCAACUUUCCAUGUUGUCCAGCAGGCAACUGGAAAGCGAGCAUUUGUCUUGAGUCGAUCUACAUUCGUCGGCAGUGGGAAGCAUGGGGGUCACUGGCUGGGUGACAACUUCUCUCAGUGGAAGGACAUGCACUACUCAAUCAUUGGAAUCCUGGAAUUCAACCUCUUUGGCAUCCCCUAUAUUGGUGCUGACAUCUGUGGGUUUAACUACAACACUACCUAUGAACUCUGCUUGCGCUGGAUGCAGCUUGGCUCUUUCUAUCCAUUUUCCAGAAACCACAAUGCAGAAGGAAAUAGAGAACAGGACCCAGCAGUGUUUGGAGAAGAGUUUGCCAAGAUAUCUCGUGCUACGCUUCGGAUCAGAUACUCACUGCUGCCAUACUUAUACACCUUGUUCUUUGAGUCUCAUGUUCAUGGAAACACGGUGGUGCGGUCGCUGAUGCAUGAAUUUACCUCUGAUCAGCAGACUCAUGGAAUAGAUACUGCCUUCCUUUGGGGACCUGCUUUUAUGAUUGCUCCUGUUCUUCAAGAGGGAGCAAGAUCUGUGGAUGUAUACUUCCCUGAAGCAUCAUGGUUUGACUACUAUACCGGUGAUAAAUUGCCAAGUACCUGGAACAAGAACUAUGCAACAGUGGCUGCCCCAUUGAGCACGAUUCCUCUGUUCAUUCGUGGAGGCUACAUCCUGCCAGAACAAGCACCAGCCACAACCACUACUAAGAGCCGUCUGAACCCAUUUGGGCUCAUUAUUGCCCUGGAUGAACUGGGAGAAGCUUCUGGGUCUCUCUUCUGGGAUGAUGGUGAUUCAAUCGAUACUAUUGAAAAGGAGAACUACUUCUUGGCUAAAUAUACUUUCAGCAAAGGAAACCUGAAGACAGAAAUACUUAAAAAUGGCUACCGAGGGGCUGACACUCUGAAGUACAACAAAAUUACAAUUCUUGGCCUGAAACUGAGACCACAUGCUGUUGCUCUGAAUGGAAGAGCCGUCCGUGGAGAUGCUUUCUCCUAUGAGCUGAAUGGG